CUUUGCGAAUGGGGUGGCCGGGUGGUGGUAUUGUCCUUAAGCGAGCCUAUCUAGCUUUUCGUGUACCGCACGUUUGAAGUCGGGGCAGCCUUGCUCAAGUUCCGAGAUAUGAAGCGCAGUAUGUGUGUUGUCAACAGUCCAGACUAAAUAGGUGAUACGUCAGGAAAAGAGGAGCCCGUUUCCGCGGCUCUUCCUGAUGGUGUGGACGACAGUUGCUAGCGUCCCAGCUGAGAAGAUCGGCAAACCAGCCCUGUGCGAAACCAGCCUCAAUUAGAAGACAAGUGCUCGAGGACUUCGAAAUCCCGCGGUUAUAGAUGCGGUGUAGGUUCUCGAGGUCCAUGAUAGAUUCUUCCCUCUGAGUCACUCCUCUUCCCUGUGAUCACUAUCGUAUUCGUUUCAUGUUACAAGCCAUCGAAACCUCCUCAAAGAUCUGACUUGAUCGUGCUCUUCAAAUACUAUCGCACAUUCUUUAGAGUCCUGAACCUUUGUCCAGGUGCUCAAGUCAAGCACAGAGAGCUGCACCAGAAUAUAACAAUCCGCAGUCUCACCGAGAACCAGCGUGGGCGAGGAGGCAGUCGUCGAGCCUCAAAGCAUAUUACGCUACCCAGAUUCUCCCGGUCCAGAAGUCAUCCAGCUUGAAAGUCGACACCCAGCUUUAGAGUCACAUAACAGAGAAAUCUGAUCGAGCUUGUUAUAGCCACCGAGCUUCAUCCAAGUCCUGCGAGAUCGAGUUGUCAAUUGCCCAGUUUUCUCAAGAUUAGACUCAAGUCGAGACUCCGAUACAACCAACACCCACGCACCAAGAAGGAGUCCGUAAAGGCGCCACCAUGGCCGACUCCGAACCAGUUCCUCCACGGGAAAAGCCCACUAGCACCAGCACUACCGCCACCACAGCAACACCAGGAGUACCAGCCCCGCAACAAUACACUCCACCAUCAACCCUCCUCUUCCGCCUUCUUCCCCAGUCCUGGAUUCCAUACGCCGAACUAAUGCGCCUUGACCGUCCUUCCGGCUACUAUGCCUUCUACUGGCACUAUCUCAUCGGGCUGGCCUUCUCUGCAUGCAUCACCACGACACCCCCACCACCAGCCCAACUCCUCGGCCUGGCCAUCUACCUGGCCAUCUGGGUCAUGUUCUUCCGCGGAGUCACGUGCACCUGGAACGACAACAUAGACCAGGAUCUCGAUCGGCAGGUUGCGAGGUGCGCGAAUAGGCCCAUCGCGAGGAGGGCCGUGGGAACGGUUGCGGGUCAUGCAUUUACAGCUUUGUUGACUGUGAUCUGCGGGGCUAUGUUUUUAGUAUUUGAAAACAGAAUGGUCCUCGUUUACGCGGCGAUUAUGACUAUUGUAUUGUUUAUAUAUCCCUUUGGUAAACGGAUCACAGAUUUUCCGCAGGUGAUUUUGGGAUUUGCCUUUGCGAUUCCUGUUGUGAUGUGUCCGGCGACCUUGGGGGCGGAUCCCCUACUCAUUACAGAGGGGUCUGGGGUUACGGAGGCUGUAAGGUGGGGAGCGUUGUGUUUGUAUGGUGCAAACACGCUAUGGACCAUCAUCUUCGAUACAGUGUAUGCGCACCAGGAUAUCAAAGACGAUAUCAAGGCGGGUGUGAAAUCUUUGGCUGUUAGGCUCGGCGAGAGGACAAAGUUGGGGCUUGGAGUGCUGAGCACCAUUCAGGUUGGUUUGCUUGUGGCCACUGGGUAUCUCUGUGACCUCAGCUGGUCAUACUUUUCGAACGGGUGCGGUGGUGCUGCGUUGUCGCUGUUUGGAAUGCUCUAUCUGGUGGAUCUCGAGCGACCGGAGAGCUGCGCGUGGUGGUUUGGUCCCGGCUCGAAAUUGGUAGGAGCAAGUGUGGUCCUUGGGUUUCUCGGGCACUACUUUAUGCUUACUGGCUUUUGAAAAGCUAGGCGUCGAGCGGCAGACGGGGUUCCCUCUGGUCUGUUCUGUUUUUGUUCAAUGGCGAGAUUGGCGGGCCUGGAAAAACUUUUUGGGAAUUCUCUCUUGCGAUUCAGUCUCCGCGAAGCUCCGCUGUCAUCGACUCGGGCGGCAGUUCCCUCGUGCCCUCGUUGGCCCAACAAUCUCCCCUCCACCUCCGCAUUCACCGAUACCGUUCCCAUCGCAUGCGAUCCACCUCCCUGGCUAAAACAUUCCGUAGCCUGCUUGAUCUAUAAUUUUCAUAGUCUCCCGUAUUCAACAAUCGUUUCCAGACAUUAUCACCUUCAUUCAUCAUCGUCGUCUUCGCUAUCACUCAUCCACCCCUCUUCAUAUUCAUCAGCCAUAGCAGCCAAACCAUCACAAAGAGCCUCACGCUCAUCAACAGAUGUCAUUCGGGACGCAACAUUACCAAUGGCACGCAGUCUUUCAGAUAUCUGGCUCGAAGUUUGGAGUGCAGUCUUGACCGCGACUUUCUGCGGCCUACCGGGAAAGUGUAAGACGCUCGUGGGGUAAGAAGAUAGCAUCGGAAAGAGAAGAGCGGUCAUAAACUUGGACGUUCGGGGACCACCAUACUGACGGCGUCGUGUCUCUGUUGUAUCUUGGCCGUCGUCGUGGUCACUUGCUGUCUCACUUCGUAUUGUGGAUACUUUGCUGAAGAUCUGGGGAUUUGAAGUUCUGGAUUGUCGCCGAGAUUCGGAUGCAGAAGAUGCGGAUACAUGCGGGAAGAAGUCGAUGUCGAGGAUUUCUUCGGGUUCGUUACUUUGAUCUUCUCCAUGUUCUGUGAUGCCGUUUGACAUUCGUUCGUCGCCAUUGGUUCUGUGGUUAGCCGCUCUCGGACCGCUCGUAAGAGAAGUGACGCUCGCUGACAAAGAUAGGCCGGCGAUACGACGGUUUCCGUCGCCAUUCAAAGUCGUUUCGAGAGUAUCGAACGUUGCUCGUCCUGACUGUGCAGACCGUAAACGAGUUGGCAAAGUUGUUGAUUCAAUGGCCGCCGCCUGUAAAGCCGAUGUGCUCCAUUGACUGAACGCGUCCAGCGAGACAUAACUCGGUAGGUGUGGCGGUAGGUUAUGCACGGGAAUGUGUAUCGAUGCGGAGGGAUCGAGGGCAUACAAAGAUUGCGCAGUAUUGGCCAGUCGCUGUGACUGUCGGUCCCGCGUGGUACGCUGAGAGUCGGAAAGGCCAAAGAGCCAUCGGCAGCCUUUGCCAAGCUCAUCAUUGACGCGCUCGAGAUAUUUGGACGCAAAGCCACCCCAAGCGUCAUCUGUAGUAGAGAAGAGCUGAAUACCUUGCAACUGGUCGCAUUCUUCCAAGAAGGGUCGCAGGUCACGGUCUAGUAGAUCAUGCUCUCGAUCGAGAUUGGCAAAGAGCUCCUCACCUUUCGACCACAGUUCGAACGGCAUGAGAUCGCUGUUAAGCUCAUAUUCGCUCAGCUGAAUGAUGCUUCG